AUGGCAGCAGGUGUAGCGGCAUGGCUCCCAUUCGCCCGAGCGGCAGCCAUAGGAUGGAUGCCUGUGGCAAGCACCCCGAUGCCGAUACCUCCCCAAGACCGAAAAAAGACCCAGGAUGGACUGGUGGUGCUCAACGUGAGCGGGACUAAGUUUCAGACCUGGCGAACCACUUUGGAGAGGUAUCCGGACACUUUGCUGGGUAGUACAGAAAGAGACUUCUUUUUCCACGAGGAGACAAAUGAGUACUUUUUUGACCGUGACCCUGAUAUUUUUAGACAUGUUCUAAAUUUCUAUCGCACGGGAAAGCUCCACUACCCACGCCAAGAAUGCAUCUCUGCCUACGACGAGGAACUCGCCUUCUUCGGCAUCAUUCCUGAGAUUAUUGGAGAUUGCUAUGAGGAGUACAAAGACAGGAGGCGCGAAAACGCGGAGAGGCUGCAGGACGACGAGGAAAUGGACGCGAGCAAUGACGUCACGCCGGUGAACCUGACGUACCGGGAGUAUCUGUGGCGGGCUUUUGAAAACCCUCACACCAGCACCUUAGCUCUGGUCUUCUACUAUGUCACUGGCUUCUUCAUCGCCAUCUCUGUGAUGGCCAACGUGGUGGAGACGGUACCGUGCGGGACUUUGCCCAACAGGUCCAAAGAGAUCUCCUGUGGGGAUCGUUACGCACUGGCCUUCUUUUGUUUGGACACGGCGUGCGUCAUGAUAUUCACGGUCGAGUAUCUUCUCCGACUAAUUGCAGCCCCUAGCCGCUUCAAGUUUGUUAAAAGUGUGAUGAGCGUCAUUGAUGUGGUGGCCAUCAUGCCUUACUAUAUCGGACUGGUCAUGACUGACAAUGACCAGGUGAGCGGGGCUUUUGUUACGCUAAGAGUCUUCAGAGUCUUUCGGAUUUUCAAAUUCUCCCGGCAUUCCGCGGGACUCCGGAUCCUGGGCUACACUUUAAAGAGCUGCGCCUCCGAGCUGGGCUUCCUACUAUUCUCCCUCACUAUGGCCAUCAUUAUCUUUGCCACAGUCAUGUUUUAUGCAGAGAAAGGCUCCACAGCCAGCAAGUUCACCAGUAUCCCCGCUGCGUUUUGGUACACCAUCGUCACCAUGACAACACUGGGGUAUGGCGACAUGGUUCCAAAGACCAUCGUGGGGAAGGUGUUUGGCUCCAUCUGCUCUCUGAGUGGGGUGCUGGUCAUCGCCCUGCCCGUCCCUGUCAUUGUGUCCAACUUCAGCCGGAUUUACCACCAGAGCCAGCGGGCCGAGAAGCGCCGCGCCCAGAGGAAAACUCGGCUUGCUAGAAUCCGCGCUACGAAGAUUCGGGGCACUAAUGCCUAUAUGCGCUACAAACAAAAUGGGCUGCUGUUCGACUCACUGGAGGAGGUAACGGGGCCACACUCCCUGGUGGCCAAGCCUGCCACCCCGCCUUUCGAGAGCCAGCACCAUCACUUGCUGCACUGCCUGGAGAAGACCACGAAUCAUGAGUUUGUGGACGAGCAGACGUUCCAGGCUAACUGCAUGGAGAUCAGUAUGAUGAACAAGUCAGGCUCGCGCUCUUCCUCACUCUCCUCGUCUCCACACGGCCUGAGCUCCUGCUGCUCCCGAAGGCACCGCAAGAAAAGCAGCUUCAGCCUGCCCAGCACCAACAACCAGGAGCUGAGCACCAUCCAGAUCAGGGAGAGACCGGUGGCCAACAGCCGCUCCAGCCUGAAUGCCAAACUGGACGAGACGGUGCCCUUGAAAUGUGAUGACCCGUACAUCUCGCCCGCCAUGGUCAGCCUGCAAGCCCCCGUGGUGACAUCAUCGGACGGGGACGGCUCCACCAGCUCCACCGCCGCUGUCUACUCUCAAAGCAACAUAGUUCGAGUAUCUGCCUUGUAGAUGUCAUUUUGUUAGCCUAUCUGCCUAUCAGCUAACUGGUCUUUGUAGUAGAAGUACCAAAACUGCUGAAAGGAGAGGGGACCACACACAAGCAUCAACCUGCCAUACUCCAGAGACAGAUUAUACCAGAUUAUAAUCUAAGACGACUCUUCAUCUGAUGUCAAAUCUCUGCAUGGUAACUACUUGAUGUAUGGACUUUGGGGAAGGAAACGUAACCAGCAGCUCCUUUAAAGCACAGCGGAAAGAAUUUUUUUGGGAUUGUCUAAAUAUCGGUGUUGCCUAAAAAUACUGAGAAAAACUUUAUUUUUUUGAAUAUGUAAUGUUUUUGUCAUCGUAGGAGGAGGGGCGGAUGUUUCGGGGUCACAUAAAAUGGCCUGUAUCGACAAAGCACACUCAUUCUCAUCUUAUUGUGAAUAUUGUGUCCAUAUUUAGGAGUUUGCUACAUACAUUUUCAAAGAGCCACAAUGAAGAGGUUUCCCCGUUCUUGUAAAUUCAGAAAUUCAUCACAUUAUCUGGAAUGAAUUGCCGUUUUGUGACUCCUCAUUACCGAUCCAUGGACUGCUCGCUGAGUAAAAAUACUACCACGCAUCCUGACAUGUUUGUGAACUGUGCAAUGUGAAAGUUAUGAAAUUCAAUUCUCUGUGUUAGCUUAUUGACAUCCUGGGUCAACGCCGUUUCCAUUAAUUACCAAUUGAGAAAUAUACAGGGUAUUUGCAGUCAUAGUUGGCUAGAGAAGUAAUACAAAAGUGGACAUAAUGUUGGAAAAAAUUAUAUUAAAUUAAUGCAUUCUCCCGUGAGAUUUAAUGGUACACUGUGUUAAAAGCGUCAUUUUGUACAUUUUUCCAUUGCUGUAAAUAUCUCUGUUCGGAAAGACGAUCAUCUGCAUUUGAAAGUUGGGUAUACUUUCCUUUUUAGAUUUAGUUGGCAUACUGCUUUUGUGUGUUAACUGGUUGAAUUAAGGAUUUGCAUGCUGUCAUUACGGAAUUCAGUUUUUUCUUCUUAAAGUUUGUCUCUCUCUCUCUCUGCUUCCUGUUUUGAGCUUUGUCCUUUAAAAAUGAUGAAAAAUGAUUGAGGAAUGACAAUUAAAUGAGACUGGGAUGUUAUGGUGUAAAUUGAGCAGCACUUUUAAUGAUUUUAAUGAAAUCUUGUAAUGAAGUACAAAUUAAAAAGGUAA